UCCAGCAACCACAACAGGAAAAGAAAGAAGAAAAGGAGAAAACACACGAAAAACCUACCCAAAAACCAGAGGAAACCCUCUCGUGUUCCCUCCGCCCCCUUCCCCACCCUCCUCCUCGCCGGCGGCGAAUUCAAGCUCAGGAUUCAGGAGCUCGCAAAUCGGGGUUUCAGUGGGUCAGCGAGGGAGCCUUCGUGAUGGCGGGGACGAAGGCGGAUGCGAAGGCGGAGACCAGCGGCGGCGGCGGCGGCUCGUUCAGCGAGAAAGGGCUCGCAGAGAAGCUGAACAAACUCAACAGCUCAGCGGCGAGCAUCCAGACACUUUCACAUUGGUGUGUUUUUCACCGGAAGAGAGCCAGAAGAAUCGUCGACACAUGGGAGAAGCAAUUUAAUAAUGCAACGAAGGAUAAGAAAGUUUCUUUACUGUAUCUAUCAAAUGACAUCCUGCAAAAUAGCAAACGCAAGGGUGGAGAAUUUGUGAAUGAGUUCUGGAGGGUUCUCCCUGGAUCACUGAAAGAUGUCUAUGGUAACGGGGGAGAACAUGGAAAGAAAGUGGUCGCAAGAUUGAUAGGGAUUUGGGAAGAGCGCAAGGUUUUUGGAACUCGUAUUGAGAGCCUGAAAGUUGAAAUCCUCGGUGAGAACCCUCCUACAUUGGAUAACAACGGCAAUUCUUCAAAUCCUAGCCCUAACCCCACCUCAGAUCUCAAAGCUGCCCAGAAGGAUUCCAGUACAUUAAUAAAAGAACUGACUCUUAGCGGGAUGCCUGAAAAUGUUGCGGUUGCAUAUCAAUCUCUAGUUGAUCAAUAUUUUGAUGAAGACACAGCUUUAAACAACUGCAAGACUACUGCUAAUGUUUUGGAGAAGAUGGACAAAGAUGUAGAUAAUGCUUGUAUCCAUGGUAUUCCACAGGCAUCAUCAUUGAUUACGGACCUUGAAGAACAGGAAGCAAUCCUGAAGAAGUGUAUACAGCAACUUGAAAGUGUUGACAUGGCUAGGAUAAACCUGAUUAAUCAACUAAAAGUAGCACUCAAUGAACAGGAAGCAAAGUCGGAGCUUCUUCGUACUCAAUUGCAAGUUGCUCGAGCAGAGGCUGAACAUGCCAUGCAACUGAGAAAACGACUUGAUGGUGCUACUAUCACAAAUGGUGCAGGAUCUAGUUCUAGUCCACCCAUUAUUAUGUUUCCAUCAGAGGAAACAACUGCUAUGAUAUCUUCACAGUUUCAGACAGUGCAACCGGCAACCUCACUUCCCAGCAUGACCAGUGCUACAGAUGAUGAUCCCAAGAUAACAGCAGCAGCUAUGGCAGAUAAGCUUGCAUCAUUGUCAUCUCGUGAGCAAGUGCUGUCCUCCAUUUUAUCAUCCCUUGCUGCUGAACAAGCUGCUUCCCUAAAUGGCGGUUCUCCUUCUGGAGAACUCUCAGCAGAGCCUCCAGGCUUUGAGAGGCCAAAGAGACCUAGACUUGAACAGGAGGCUGGUGAUAUGGGUGCUCCCCCUUUCUUUGCACAAAUAUCACAGAUGCAACAACAGAUGGGAGCAGCACCUACUUCUCUUGGAAGCACACAGGCCCCAGUACAGGCAAACCAAGCACCAGGUUCUUUGUCAUUUGCUCCACCUCCAUUGCAACCUAUGGUGUCGCCACUUAUGCAGCAAUUUAGUCAAAAUACUGGAGGUCCUGGAGGAAUGUUUGGAAUGAUACCUUUUGGGAUGAUGGCGGGCUCUUUGCCCCCUCCGCUUCCAAUGUUGCCGGCAGGUUUUGCAAUGCCAAGUGGACCACCCCCUCCACCUCCUCUGCCACCAGUUCAGAACCAACAGCAGCAGCAGCAACAAUCUCCACAGGCACCACAGCAAUCUCCAACAUCAGCCGGAUUCUUCCCAACGUCAGGCACUGGGUUCUUCCCUCCAGUGCAGGUGCAGCAAUCUCCAUCCGUCCAACGGCAAUGAUGUCUGGUUACAAAUGUCGGGGUAUAAAGGCAGCACCUUGUGCUAUCUUUGUACAUUAACAAUAAUCCCCGAGUAUUAUGCAGUUAGUUUACAGGUCCUGCAGGCGAAACAGGACCUGAUGCCUAAGAAAUAGGCGUAUGGCUUGUGAUGUAUAACUGUUCCUUCUGGUCUGAGGAGUUUGUUUGAUACUUCCUGACCGUAUGAAGUAGUUAGACAUUUCUUUUGAUAGCUCGUUAAUUAGCGAAGAGGAAAACAAAUGGGUGACAGUUACAUUGCUGCUUAAUAGUUGUUGCUCAAUGUUAUUACAUUGUUAGGCUACUCAAAUGUAGAACUUACCAAUAGAUGGGAUGUGAACUGUAACUAUUUUUUUUUAUAAACUCAUUGUUCAAAUUAUUUGUUAUUAUUUUAAUUAUGGUUUACUGCA